GGUUCUUUGCCUAUGUCACGAAGGCGGGAGAGAAAUAGUUGUUUUGUUUGGAGCGGUGUGUGUCAUUUCUAAUCAAAUACAAACAAACGUUUUAUAGAUAUUAUUUACUUUUCUAUAUCGAUGAUUUAAAUGUCUCCCCAUUAGCUUGUUUAAAAGUGACAAGUUAAUUAUCUAAUACUUGCAAAUUAGCUUUUGCUAACAACCAUACGAAAAGAAGAGUGAUCAAAACUUCGAAAUGGCAAAAUCGUCGUCAAAGAAGGAAGACACCUUGCCCCUCCAAGCCCUGCGCCUCCUUGUCCCACCUGUGCGGCUGGUCUGUGCAGCCAUGUGGAAAGUGAUGAAAGAGAGGGACGUGAUGCAAUACGGGACCUUGGAGGAGUUUGUUACCUCCUCCUGCGAGACAGCUCCAGGUUUGCUCACCCACCGACACCAGGCCAAGCUGGGGCUGGGGCUGAGAGCACGGCUGAUCCUGGAGCUGUGUCGUGGUCAGGACUCUCCGGAUCCUAACACCAUCCUUCCUCAUCUUGAAAGAAUUCGUGUUCCUGUCACCUUGUCCUCCGAUCUUAAAACGAAGAGGGACAUCAAGAUCGAGGCAGCAGUAUCUAACUUCCAUGACUUUGUCUCGACCAUCCUGAGAGAUCCCACAGAGAGAGAACAGUUCUACAAGGAGGAGUUUCUCACAGAGUAUGGGCCUCAGUUUGACCUGCAGCUAGAGAAGCUCCUAUGGGAGUUUCUAGUCAGGCUGGACCAGCUGCUGCCUGUGCCCAACUUUGUUCAGACAGUGUCCUCCUGGCUCAACGUCGCCCCCUCUGUCAUGGAGGAGUGUGUGCUGGUUGCUUCCCAGCCCCAGCAUAUGAAGGCUCUGCUCCAGCACCAGAGCUGUCUGGGCCAUAUUGAACCAGCAGCGUCCCUCCCGCCUUGCCUGGGCGACACCAUCCUCUCCUCGCUGUCUCUGCCUCCAUCCAGAAAAGUGCGGGAAUCCAGUCCCAGCGUUAUGCAAACUGGACCACUAGCGACCAAUCACAGACAGCCCAGGGACAGUUUGCCAUUCAUCGACCCAGUGAUUGGACGGAUGUCCACCAAAGACCUGCCGAUCAUGUUGGCAGCUAGAAGGAGAGCAGGAAGUGAUCCUGUCGGUUUAAGAGACUCUUUAGAACAGUCAGAUUCAACUGGGAGCUCCAAAUGCACCGCGCUCAAACGGAUCUCAACACAUCUAGGUAACACGGCGAGGGAGGAGGUGGAGGAGAUGCAUGUUCAGGUGAAAAGUGCAGCCCAACACGAACCUGGAAAGAAAACAAGAGAUGAGGGAUCCGAAGCUACAAAGAAGGACGACGAGACGAACCCCGGACGAGGGACUAAGAGGAGGAGGAGGACCAUGAAAGACGGAGCGAGCACGUCCUCAGAGGAGAGCGAGGCUGAUGAAGAGUGCGUUUCUGGAAGAGAGGGGGCGUCCCAGGGCGACCCAAGGAACGAUGGCGCGCCUAGAUCUGACGCUUCACCCCGGAAACUACCGGAAGACGUGGCCCUGUCGUCCUUGGUGACGGCUUGUCUCCGCUGCCAGCCCAGAGUGUUGCUACGUAGACUGGGCGAGGCAGCCUCCGCUCCUGCGCCCAUGACCUCUCCGGCUCUGUGUUCCCACGGCAACGGGAAACAAACCAGGCGGUUCCUCGGCAGGUCAGUCAAGGGGACGAAGGUGGCGAGAGCAGGGCUGAGGAUCUCCAGAGCUCUGAGACACGGUGCCGAGUGGCCACAAGCGGCCGAUAAAGAGAACUGUGCCAUGCCCCCAGUGUUGGGCUGUUCCCCCUCUAUACAGGCAAACUCAGCUAAAAUAUCCCCGGCCCUUACAGAAUCAGGCGAUGACAUCAUAGUGGACUCGGAGGACGAAGCAACCAAAAAUUUUAAAGGCAGACUGUUUGUUAAGCGCUACUACAAGACUAAACACGACACAUACGUUCCCACUCUGAGAGAAUUCUGGAGGCCUGGAUUGGCUCGACGGGACCUACUGUCGCCUGGCAACGGACACAGAUGACAACUUGAGAAAAAUUAACGGAGCUGGAUGUAACAAGGAGACUAUUUAAGCUCUUUAACUCGGAUUAACUAAUGUCGUGUGCAGUCUAGAAAGUGAUUAUGUAUGUGAAGAGAUAUGGAAAUUAAAUUAGGCCAAAUUGUUAUUUUGUUGUAU